UACAGAAGGGUAACAAAAUCUGCAAUGUUCGGGACCCUGGCGGGUGAAGAGUGCGGCCCCUGAGCCUCUCGACUUGUGUUUCUUUAAAAAAAAACAGAAAGACCAGUUGUUUGUAGUGAAGUGAGCAGGCUCCAGCCAUGGAUUGUACCAUCAAGGAAGCCCUUUCCGUUGUAAGUGAAGACCAGGCGCUCUAUGAAUCUUCAUUUGCUGCUUCCCAGCUGUUGAAGGCGGAGAUUGGUUCUGGUGAUUACAGUCAGCCUGGUAAAGGGAGUCCGGAAAUGGGAGAACAGGACUGGAGCAACCCCAGCAGCCGAGUCAUGGUGAAGAGGGAGGUUGAGCAAGUCAAUGGUACAAGAGAAUCUCCUGUAGACUGCAGUGUUGUCAGACGGAGUAAGAUAGUGAGUGGAACUGAAACGACUCAAACCCCCUACCCUGCUGGAUACAGUGAGCAGAGAGAUAGCCCACCCAACAGCAGCACUCACGAGAAAAGGGUCAUUGUUCCAGCCGACCCGUGCGUUUGGACCCAGGACCAUGUGAGACAGUGGUUGGACUGGGCAGUGAAGGAAUAUAACCUGUCAGAUGUGGACAGCUCCCUUUUCCAGAACAUCGAUGGGAAGGAACUCUGCAAGCUGACCAAAGAUGACGUGAUGCGUCUCACCACAACCUACAACACAGAGAUCCUGCUUUCGCACCUCAACUAUCUCCGAGAGAACAGCCCAACAUUCAGCUAUCCAAACUCCAGCUCACACAGUCAGCAAACAGCACGUGCUCCAGUGAAAACAGAAGUUUCUUACGAGGAAGUCCGCAGGACCAGUUGGUCGGGUUGUGGAAACACCAUCCAGAAAGGAUCGCCCCCUCAGCCUCCAACCCCCACCAGGAUUAAUGAGCCGCCCCGAUUACAUCCAGAUCCGUAUCAGCUUCUCGGACCGACAACUAGCCGCUUAGCGAACCCAGGAGGAGCAAAUGGUCGGAAAGGCCCUUCUGUUUCAUCCCUGCCAGCGGUAGCAGCGUCUCACCGAGCAGGGAGCGGACAGAUCCAGCUGUGGCAGUUCCUCCUCGAGCUCCUCUCGGACAGCACAAAUUCUUCCUGCAUCACCUGGGAAGGGACAAACGGAGAGUUCAAGAUGACAGACCCAGAUGAAGUGGCCCGACGCUGGGGAGAGAGGAAGAGCAAACCCAAUAUGAAUUACGACAAGCUGAGCCGUGCUCUGCGUUACUACUACGACAAGAACAUCAUGACCAAGGUCCACGGCAAACGCUAUGCCUAUAAGUUUGAUUUCCAGGGCAUUGCUCAAGCCCACCAGCCUCACCCACCUGAGUCCCAAAUCUACAAGUACACAACAGACCUACCAUACAUGCCAACCUACCACACACACCAGCAGAAGAUGAACUUUGUGCCAACUCACCCUUCACCCAUCCCCGUAUCGUCAGCGAGUUAUUUUGGUGCAACAAAUGCCUACUGGAGCUCAGCCCCUUCAACCAUGUACGCCAGCCCCAGUGUUCCCCGUCAUCCAGGCUCCCAUGUCCCAUCUCACCUUGGCUCCUACUACUGACUGCAUUAACCUGCACUGGGGGCCAAGGAUGCCAUGGACUCUCUCUCUCUCCCUAAGAGGUUUGUACCUGGCCCCAACCACCCACACCUCCCCCACCC